GGUAGUAGUAGUACUUGCCCUCCCUCCUCUUCUUCUUACCAACCCCGACUCCCCCGAGAAGCAAAGCCUCCCUCGUUGAGGCGACCACGAGCUCCCCCCCAAGACCACGGCGCCCCCGCAGGCGGCGUCCACCACCACCACCACCUCGAUCCGCGCCGCCGCCGCUGGUGGGGAAGGCAGCUAGCCGGCGAACGCGCGCGGAGGAGAGGUGGAGGGGAAAUGCGGGUUCGUCUCGGCGCCGCGGGGCGGAGCCGGAGGUGAUUCUGUUUUCUUGGCGAGGCGGAGGCGGAGGUGGAGGCGAUGGGUUGCUUCCCGUGCUUCGAUUCGAGGAUGGGGGAGGAGGAGGAGGAGGAGCUGUACUACGGGAAGGGGGGAGCGCGCGGCGGAGGCAAUGGGGGUGGCGCUUUGUCGGCUGCUGCUGCGGCGGCGUCGUCGUCCUCCGGCGUCGGCGGCGGUGGGUGGGAGGGGACGUCUACGGCGGCGCCGCGCGUCGAGAAGAUCUCCGCAGGGGCUAGGGGGAGAGGCAAUGCCACCGUGAAGAAGGAGCUCUCGGCUCUCAAGGAUGCCAAUGGCAAUGUCAUCUCCGCGCAGACGUUCACCUUCCGCCAGCUCGCCGCGGCGACGAGGAACUUCAGGGAGGAGUGCUUCAUUGGGGAAGGAGGGUUUGGGCGCGUUUACAAGGGCCGGUUGGACGGCACUGGCCAGAUUGUUGCUAUAAAACAGCUCAAUAGGGAUGGUACUCAAGGAAACAAAGAAUUUCUAGUGGAGGUUCUCAUGCUUAGUUUGCUGCAUCAUCAAAACCUUGUUAAUUUGGUUGGUUAUUGCGCCGAUGGAGAUCAACGCCUUCUUGUGUACGAGUACAUGCCCCUCGGAUCAUUGGAAGAUCAUUUGCAUGAUCUCCCUCCUGAUAAGGUUCCCUUGGAUUGGAACACUAGGAUGAAAAUCGCAGCAGGUGCGGCUAAAGGUCUGGAGUACCUUCAUGACAAGGCUCAACCACCAGUUAUAUAUAGGGACUUCAAGUCAUCAAAUAUUCUAUUGGGCGAGGAUUUCCAUCCAAAGCUUUCAGACUUUGGUCUUGCUAAAUUGGGUCCCGUUGGUGACAAGUCUCACGUCUCUACACGUGUGAUGGGAACAUAUGGAUAUUGUGCUCCGGAAUAUGCUAUGACGGGACAGCUUACAGUUAAAUCGGAUGUUUAUAGCUUCGGAGUAGUCCUGCUUGAGUUGAUUACUGGCCGGAAGGCCAUUGACAGUACCAGACCACAUGUAGAACAAAACCUUGUCUCAUGGGCGCGACCUCUUUUCAACGACAGGCGGAAGCUCCCAAAGAUGGCUGACCCGGGGCUGGAGGGACGAUAUCCGAUGCGCGGGCUCUACCAAGCGCUCGCGGUGGCAUCAAUGUGCAUCCAGUCGGAGGCCGCGUCCCGACCUCUCAUCGCCGAUGUUGUGACCGCGCUCUCCUACCUGGCGUCCCAGAAGUACGAUCCCAACACGACGCCGUCCUCAAAGAAGGCCGGCGGUGGCGAGGCCGGGAGGGCGCUGUCCAGGAACGACGAGGCGGGCAGCUCCGGCCACAAGUCGCCGUCGAGCAAGGACUCCCCCCGGGAGCAGCAGCUCCCGGGGAUCCUCAACGACAGGGAGAGGAUGGUGGCGGAGGCGAAGAUGUGGGGGGAGAACUGGCGGGAGAAGAGGCGCGCCGCCGCCACCACCUCCAGCAAUGCCCAGGUGAGCCUGGAUUCGCCUACCGAAACCGGUUAAGCUGGCUACCCCCGCCAUUGGUGAAGGUCUCUGGGCAAUGGGCAUGCGUUGCUGCUUGAGCUCAUCUUGUGAUCUUACUAGACUGGGUGUUUUUUUGCUUUCAGUUGGCAGGGGUCAGCUGAAAACGAAUUGGGUGGUGAUUUUUCCUUUCUUUUUUUUUUUUACUGUUUGGUGUUAGAAUGUACAUUUGUAGUGGUGAAACAACAAGAACUGAAAAGGCGAGAGAGUGGGAGGGGAGAAGAAUUUGGGUGCUUUGUACUGUGGAUGUCAUGGUGCCUGUAAAUUCUCGGAAAAUUUUGCAUCAACGAGGAACAAAUUUGUCGGACCUCAGUUAUUUGCUCUGAUGUCAGACAAAAAGAAAGGAAA